AUGCGAUCUUCUCUUCUUCACCUCGCCGCUGCCGCCGCCCUCUCCUGCUCCGCGGGUGCGGCGGCGGCCACGGUUCCGAAAGCCCCCGCCCUGCCCGCCUCGGCCUUCGUGCCGACCCAGGCCAAACUGCUCCCUUUCGACGACGCCAAGGCCGGCAAGGAUUUGGUCGGGCUCGAGUUCGACACGACCCACGCCAUCGACCUGAUCUCCGAGGGCUCCGCCGCCGACCUCGUCUCCUCGGCCAGCGCCCAGUCCUGCGCCGCCUCGCCCAACAUGCGCUUCGAGUGGAGGUCCUACUCGACCCGGGACCGGCAGGCCCUCAUGGUGGCCAUCCGCUGCCUGAUGAACCGCCCGCCGUCGGGCAACUUCCCCCCGGCCGCCAACCGCUACGAGGACCUGGUGCGCCUGCACCAGAUCAACACGCCCCGGGUGCACGGCAACGCCAUCUUCCUGCUCUGGCAUCGCUACUACGUCUGGACCUUCGAGCAGGUGCUGCGGGCCGAGUGCGGCUUCAACCGCGCCUUCCCGUGGUGGGACGAGACGCUGGAUGCCGGCCGGUUCGCCCAGAGCACCCUGUUCACCCAGCCCUACUUCGGCAACCUGCUCCCGGCCCAGGCCAACGGCCAGGGCUGGUGUAUCAACAGCGGCGCCUUUGGCGGCAUCACCCUCAACGUCGGCCCCGGCCAGUCCAACCGCGCCCACUGCCUGACCCGGGCCCUGAACGAGCAGUUGACGGCGCAGGUCAGCAAGGCCUACGUCGACCUGUGCAACUCCCGUGCGACCUACGUCGAGAUGGCCAGUUGUGCCGAGGGAGGACCCCACGCCUAUGGCCACAACGGCAUCGGUGCCGUCAUGUCGGACGUCGCCGCCGCUCCCAACGACCCGAUCUUCUUCAUGCACCACCUGUUCGUGGACCACGGCUUCCGCAUCUGGCAGAACGUCCGCGGCGCCACCUCGGUCAACGGCAACGGCCCCGACGGCAGACCGCUGACGCUCGACACCAUCAUCGAGAUGGGAGGUGUCCGUCCGAAUGUCCCUAUCCGGAGCAUCAUCAACACGCUCGGAGGGGUCCGGAUCGGGACCGAGAUCUUCUGCUACCGGUACAACUACUAG